AUUGGCUUCAGGGCGGACGCUCACCGGCUAGAGGGAAGCAGAAGGGAUCAGGAGCGGGAGCUGAGGAGAGGGAGAGGCCGGUUCGGGUCUGGCUUCUCUCACUGCUAACCCGAGGUCUCCAGACCCGGCUGCGGCUCGGGUUCCGUCCUCAGCUCCUGGGUACCAUCCGCGAGGCUCCGCCAGCCAGCGUGGAAGAGCCGCGGGCGGCGGCCGCCGCAUCAUGUCAGCCAAGGACGAGCGGGCCGGGGAGAUCCUGAGAGGCUUCAAACUCAAUUGGAUGAACCUGCGGGAUGCUGAGACAGGGAAGAUUCUCUGGCAAGGAACAGAAGAUCUGUCCAUCCCCGGCGUGGAACAUGAAGCCCGUGUUCCCAAGAAAAUCCUCAAGUGCAAAGCGGUGUCUCGAGAGCUGAACUUCUCCUCAGCAGAGCAAAUGGAAAAGUUUCGCCUGGAACAAAAGGUUUACUUCAAAGGCCAGUGCCUAGAAGAGUGGUUCUUCGAGUUUGGUUUUGUGAUCCCCAACUCCACAAACACCUGGCAAUCCUUGAUAGAGGCCGCCCCUGAGUCCCAGAUGAUGCCUGCCAGCGUCCUCACCGGGAAUGUCAUCAUAGAAACAAAGUUUUUUGACGACGACCUUCUCGUAAGCACAUCCAGAGUGAGACUUUUCUACAUUUGAGCGAAGAAUGUGUGUGCACUUCACGACUUUGGGGCUUGGGGGGAGGAGGAAACUGUUUCCUUUUUUCUCCGCUUUUGAGUUUUGACCCCUCGGCCCGACUCCCCAACACAGACCCCCCACACCGGGGGCGCCCUGCAUAGGUAACUGGCUCUUUCUCCCCAGCUGCCACCUCCCACUGCCCGGGCCGCUCCACCCAGACGGGAGGGCACGGCCGGAGUCUGUCCUGGCACGAACCGGGGAACAGCGGUCCCUGUCACCUGCCGCCACCGCCUUGGCUGAGGCUUCCUUUGGCCCUGGGUUUUCGAAAAACUUCACCUUUCUCCCCUAUGUUUAGCUUUUUCCUACCAUUUCUAUUUCGUACAUCUCAUACAUUUAACUUGUAAAAUAGACUGUGAUAUUAUUUCAUAAUGUAAUUAAACAUGAAUUAAAAUAUUCCUACAUCUUUAGCAUG